UCGAAAUUUUGGCUGUGAUUGGUUGCAGAGUUAACAGGUGCUAUGCGUCAUCCGCCAUGUCGUUAAAAUUGUGAAAGUGCGCUUUGUUUUUAGUGUAAAACAAAAUUACCCCAUCAUUUGUGUAAAAACUACGGAUUGUGUUUUAUGAUUGUGAUAUAUUAUGAUGAGUGAGUGGUGCGAAAUGAAGGACGAAUAUAAUAAUAAGCAUAAUUCAUCGGAAUUGACAGAGGAGACCUCAUAUGAAAUGUCAGAUUUAUUUUCUGAUAAUCUGAGCCCCAUAGCAUCAAUGGUUCCAAGAAAGUUAGAUUUCAGCGGACUGGAUGAUGAUGUUUGUACGGAGGAGACGUCACAAGCGCCAAUGUCGCUUAGUCCACCGUACAAAAGAGUGAGAGCAUUAAAGUUGUUCGACAGUCCGCACACGCCGAAGACGCUGCUGGAGAAGUGCUCGACGCCGACGCACCACGCUCCGCGCUCGCGCCUUUUCCCGCCCAAGCUGAGCGCCGCCGCGGGCAUGCCGGCCGGCUCCAGCCACCACCUGCACCCGCCGUCCGACGAGGACAGCGCGCUCGGCUCCCUGCCGCCCGACGACCUCGACGACUCCCGCCCCCCGCCGCCGCCCCGCCCCCGCGCCAACAUCAACCCCUUCACGCCCGACGGUCAAGCCCUGAACAAGAAGAAGCGAGCGCUCUCCAAAACGCCGACGUGGGGCGAGCGGACGCCGGAGCAGCCCGCCAAGAGACUUCGGGAGUCGAACAUAUCGCGGUACAAUGUGGAGUUCAUCGAGCUGGGCGUGGUGGGGCGUGGGCAGUUCGGACGCGUCGCGCGCUGCGUCAACAAGCUGGACGGCUGCGUGUACGCGCUCAAGCGCUCGCUGCGGCCCGUGGCGGGCUCGGCGGCCGAGCGCGCCGCCCUCACCGAGGUGUACGCUCACGCCGCGCUCGGCAAGCACCCGCACCUCGUGCGCUACUACUCCGCCUGGGCCGAGGACGACCACAUGAUCAUCCAGAGCGAGUACUGCGACGGCGGCUCGCUGCAGGAGCUGUUGGAGCGCGGCGCGCUGCCCGAGCCCGAGCUGCUGCUGGUGCUGGCGCACGUCGCCGACGGCCUCGCGUACAUACACUCGCAGGGCCUGGCUCACAUGGACAUCAAGCCGGCCAACAUCUUCGUGUGCGGCGGCGACGCGCCCGACCUCGCGCCGGACUCCGACGACGGCUACGACGACGACGACGCGCCGCCGCCGCCGCCGCGCAAGUACAAGAUCGGCGACCUGGGUCACGUGACGUGCGUCUCCGCGCCCGCCGUCGAGGAGGGCGACUGCCGCUACCUGCCCAAGGAGGUGCUGCAGGAGGACCUGGCGCAUCUGCCCAAGGCGGACGUGUUCGCGCUCGGCCUCACGCUGUUCGAGGCGGCCGGCGGCGGCCCGCUGCCCAAGAACGGCCCGAAGUGGCACGACUACCGCGACGGCCGCCUGCCCGACCUGCCCCACCUCUCGCGCGAGUUCAACCAGCUGCUCAAGAAAAUGGUGGACCCCGAGCCGACGCUGCGGCCGUCGGCGGCGCGGCUGCGGCGACACCCGCUGUUGCAGACGGGCGGCAACAAGAGCCGCGCGCAGCUCCGGCGCGAGCUCGCCGCCGCCAGACUCAAGAACGAGCUGCUGGCGCGCAAGCUGCAGGAGGCGGCGCGCUGCAUCAAGUCGCUCACCCCCGCCGCCGCCGCCGCGCCCGCCCCCGCGCGCCGCACGCGCUCCUCCCGCCGACCCGCCGCCACGCACACGCCGCGCUAAUUAUUCCUGUAAUAUUCUAUCUCAAAUCCGAAUCUAAUUAUUUAAAUAAUAAUCGAGUGACCGUUUCGUUGUAGUGAUAUUCAUUAUUGUGACUUCUCGUGGUAGUAUCGACGUUACGUUAGCGACCGUCGGCCCGGCGAUCGCUCGCUAGGGCGGUCCGACGGCGUCGGCCGGUCCCCCGGACGACGGUCCGGACCGAGAGAGAUCGGUCCGGAGAAUCCAUUCGUCCAGUUCGAACGAAUAUUACUAACGAAAACCGAAUUAGAGGAUAGGAAGUUCAAACUCCGAGUUAUCCUAAAGUAUAGUUACUGGCUGCCAAUAUGACUGGCAGCCAGUACUGGCUUGGCAUAUGCCGCGUGUGAACAUUUUGGCCUGGCUUGGAAAACUGUUCACA